AUGGCUCCGAUGUAUAUGCAUCAAUCUGUGUCUAUUGAUGUAACAGAUCGAUCUCCUAGAGAGGAAAAUACUAAAAACUUUGAAGAUUUGGAGAAUAUUCCAUACCAUGUCCGGGAGGAUGCACUCCCUUUUACAUAUGGCAAUCUGCCCUCUGGCUUUAGCACUAGUAAGUUAAAUCAUGUCGAUCUGGAGGAAAAUAAGUUAAAGCACAUGCGGUGCAAUUAUUCACCAAGUCCAUCAACAGUCCGAAAAUUCACUCGACCCAGCAUUGUGCAAUCGAGCCCAGUGUUGCGUAAGACGCCGUCGCGGCAAGAGUUUGAGGAGAUGCUAAUGGAACGAAAGGAACUAGCCUUGCGCGAGCAAAAUAAUGUGGCCACCAAGCUAGCACAAAAAGCAGCUAUUCAAAAAGACUUAGAUGUGCUUCACGAGAAGCUCAACAAAACAUUGCUUUGUUCUGAAAAUGAGAAGAUCUGUCAGCUCAGCGAAUUACAAGUUUUUGAUCAAGCUGGAAAUGUUCCCGUUAUAAAAUUUGUAGAUUUGGCUAAUACGCCAUCAUCAGUAGAGAGAGUAGCUAAUGGGAAUAAUCUGACGGGAACCAACCGUUCUAUUACACCCACAUUACCGGCCCCUCCAAAUGCAUCCAGCUCCAGCCAUUGCGCACCAAUAUCUCCACAUGCUGACUGGUCAUGUCCUACGCAAGAGGUUGAACCGCACUUGGUGAAUUUUGCCAAAAAUUCUUCACAGUACUGGUACAAGCCAAAGGUGUCGCGCAGAGAGGCCGUCGACUUGCUGCACAAUGCACCACCUGGAACUUUUAUCAUUCGCAACUCGACAACAUACCAAAACGCGUUUGGUCUAGUUCUGCGUGUUGACAAACCACCGCCUGGAGUUGCUAUAAGCUCUGAAAAUGGAGACGAGCUUGUCAGGCACUUUCUCUUAGAGCCAACGACGCGAGGCGUACACCUAAAGGGUUGCACAAACGAGCCAAUAUUUACAUCCCUAUCUGCCUUUGUGUAUCAGCACUCCAUCAACCAGUUGGCUCUGCCUUGCACGCUCCGUAUACCCGACCGCAAUUUAUAUAUUACCUCAGCCCAUGACGACCUUAGUGUCAACCAGAAACAAUCAUUGGGGCACGGAUGCACCUGUAAUGCACUUUAUUUGUUUCAAUGCAACAUGGAGUCGCUUACUGGCAAGGAAGCUGUUCGGAAAGCCGUUUAUGAAAUGUACGGGCAACUCGAUCGAGUUUUUCCCAUAGAGCUCGCCCUCAAGCUGGAUCAAGAGAUAACCAGUGCCAUGUAUUUUGUGAUUUGGCUGUCAAUCAUCCAGCGUCUGCCAUUGUUGCCUUGGCUAACAACGUUCUGCCUCUAA